AGUUCCUUUAAUGACUGUAUUCCACUAUAACAAAGAUUUAUUUCCACAUUAUGGGCCGUAUUAUCAAAUAUCCACCACUAAACACACAAAAACAAAGUUGUGUCCAUCAUUUCAUGAUUUUCAUCUUUUGACAAAAUGUCAAAUAUCUCCAACGGUAAUUAAAAUCUUUUCUCUAUUUCUUUCUCAUUCUCUGUCUUCCAUUAUUAUCAUCCACUUGUUGAAGAUUUGCCCAUUAGAAAGAAAGAAGCAUACGAUUCUCUCGUCUCUUUACCAUCUUCUCCUUCGAUCCUCACCAAACAUGGAAGCCCUAAUUCACCACUUCACUCUCCUCUCCGACCAAGCCCUUGUCGACAAAACAUUCGACCCUGCCACGAUCGAAGACCUCAUGCGUCUCUUCGAAGUCGAUUCCUACAAGGCUUGGGCAGCACUCGAAACAGAACAGCAACAAGAGCUCGAAGCAGCUGAAGAAUCCAUCCGCGAAGCCGAAGCAGAACUUGAUCGGGAUAUGGAGUGGGGGAUGGAGGAGUACAGAAGGACGUUGGAGGAGAUGGAGAGGAUGGAGGCGGCGGAGCUUAAGGAGCUUGAAGAGAAGGCGGAGACUGCUCGGAGAACGGGGAAUUUAUUGGAGAAAGCUGCUACCAUCGCGGCGAAAAGGCAUAUUGCGGCGGCGAUGGGAUCAGCUGCGGCGUCGAUGAGAUCAGCUUGGAAGACUGCAUCUGGGAGUAAAGUCCAUCCUUCUUGAUCGUUCGGUGUGGAGUGACUGUGAUGUGAUACAUGAUAAUUGACGUUGAUGAUCAAUGUAUUAGGUGAUGGGUUAUGUCGAUGGUUGCCAUGGUGGACUAUACUUUAUCAAAUAAUAAUUACUAGAUGAUAACCCGCGCAUGAGAAAU